UGAGCCAACUCUGGGUCCAGCCAAGUGGAUGCCCCUCCAAUCUGCCGUUUCUUGACCAGGACGAAGAAAAUAAUAAUAAGUCUCUUGAUCUUCGUCAUCAUUAUCCGGUCUUUCUCUUUUCUUUCUUUUUUUUCUUUCUUUCCUUUUUCCUCUCUCUCUAGAGCGUAGAUCUAUUUCACCUCCAUCAUUUUUUUUAUUUUUUAUUUUUUCUUCUUCUCUGUUAUUUCUUCAGCUUCACAGAUAUCUCAAUAUGGCCAUCCUCGAGUCGGAAAAACGCCCGCGAGGCCUUCGUCUCCCCUCGCUUUCGGCCAUGAAAUCCAAGAAGAAAUCCCCAGAGCCCUCUCCUCCUGAAUCGCCUCCUGAUUAUGCUCCUCUCCCCGCUGGUUCUGGUGUUCCCGUGCGACCUGCUCGUCCAAACGAGAAGCAACUGCCUCCCAAUCCGCUAUCGUACCCAGCAGACUCAAUCCCCACCGAUAUGUCCGUCAAUCCGAAUGAGUACCAUCGUCAGAUUCUCCGGGGUGACUUUGAUUCUCCCUAUCCUCGUCCUCAAGUUCCUGUGAUCAGAGAACCAUCGGCGCCAGUGCAGCGAAAACCACCGCCGCUUCCAAAGCAACAACCGGUUCAAGCGCCUGUUCAACCACCCGUCCAAAUACCUGUUCAGGCACCGAUCCAAGUCCCGGUGCAGUCACCAUCGCGCCAGUCACCACCAAUCCAACAACCCGUCAGAAAACCUCUCCAAUCUCCUGUCCAAUCACCCCCGGUUAGCGACGAAGAAGCGAAAGAAGAUCUCGCAGUCGAAGAUUUUAUUCCCGAGCCCGAGCCGGAAAUUGAUACCGCCGAUGCACGGGCAGCUGCAGCUGCAGCUGCAGAUGUAGAUGCAGUCGCAGAGCAAACACCCAGCGAAGAAAGCGACAAUGGCCCCUGGACACCAGCGGAUUAUGACCCCGUCGCACCGCCUCUGGGCAAACUGCACUUUGCUUGCUACCAGGAACAUCGCUCGAUGCCCGUCGCUAAUAACCUCUGGUAUCCUUUGCCCUGCAUGACCUGCCACAAGUAUGACCGAGAGAUCCGGCAUCGCUGUGUCUUCUGCUCGUUGCGCAUUUGCGCCGAUUGCCAUCAGGGGUUGCAGAAGUGCCAAAAUCGUUCCUUGACGCAAUUUAUGGAGAGUCUUUCGUGAUCUCGACUGUUUUCAGUUUCUUCUUUCUUUCUGGCUUAUAGAUGGGAUUUGCUUUAUUAUUCGAAAUGGGCCAAUAUCUAAUGGGGAGAACAAGGUGGUUUCGGUUCAAGUCAUGAGCACUAUGAUGGUAUUUAUGGGUUUGAUAUUCUUUUUCAUUCAAAAUUGUACAUAUGGUUGUAAUAUUAUUGAUUAGCUUCUGUACAUUAUGAUAUCAUAAAAUUUUCUUUUCUCGC